AGGUUCUCAUCAGCUGCUUACAAUCUAAAUUAUUUGAAAUUCAAAUUACUACAGAUAUUGACAUAUUUAUACAUAAGAGUGUGAUUAAGGAUCAGUAUAUGUGUAUGAUGAUGUAGCAAAGGUUCAGAUAGAGUUAAUGAGCUCACAAAAUGUUUGAUUCGAAAUAUUAAACGAAAUGAUGAUUUAAUGAUAUUACGGUCAGACAAAGGCUCAAGUGUUGUUCUAAUGAACAAAACAGAUUAUGUCUCUAAGUUGAAGUCCAUCUUGGAUGACCAUAUGAGAUUCAAAUUAGAAAAAAGUAACAAAGACUUAACUGAUUCCAUUGAGAAAAGAAUCACCAAAGUACUCAGAGAUCUUCUGAAAAAGAAAACGAUCGAUAGCUCUACUUACAAUAACCUACGACCUCGUGGGUCUCGUUUGCCCCACAUGUAUGAAUUACCGAAAAUACAUAAACAAGGUUAUCCUCUCAGACCUAUUUUGUCAAUGAUCAAUUCACCAUAUCACAAAGUUGCACGAUGGUUGGCAGAUAAGUUAGAACCAGUGCGUCAACGAUUAGCCACCUAUACACUAAAGGAUUCCUUUUUAUUUGCUGACAGCAUGAAUCACAUAAAUAUUGCUGGUAAGUUUAUGGUUUCUUUUGAUGUAACAUCAUUGUUUACAAAAAUACCACUUCUUGAAACCAUAGACAUAAUUUGUCAACAUUCUGACAUUCUAUCUCUACCAGUACCAGAAUUCAAACGACUAUUACUCAUUUGUACAAAAGAUGUUCAGUUCCAGUUCAAUGAUAUCAUAUACAAACGAUGGGAAGUCCGUUAGGUCCUGUCCUAGCAGAUAUUUUCAUGGCUAACCUCGAAAGAACGAAACUCAAACGAGCGGUUGAUGAAAUGAUGUAUUAUUCGAAGUAUGUUGAUGAUACCUUCACCGUAUGUAAUAAUCAACAACAUGCAAUAAAUCUGCUACAGUUUUUCAACGAAACCCAUCCAAAUAUCCAUUUCACUAUGGAACAUGAAAAAGAAAACAAGUUCAACGUUCAGUUUAUUAGAAAGACACAUGGAAUGGUAGUUAUCUCAGUUUCAAUAGCUUUUGUCCAAUCAGUUACAAAAAGGCACUGCUCAAAACACUGUUUCACAGAACAGAAAGAAUAUGUACUUCCGAUACACUUGAAUAGGAAGUUAUGAAUGUUAAAAAAUGUUUGAAGAAUAACGGAUACCCACUGAAAUUUAUUGAGAAAUAUGGCAAACGUUAAGAUAAGAAACCCAGAGAUAUUACAGCAAAUAAAAGCCUAUUUUUACUCAACUUCAAUUCAAAAGUGAAGAUGUCACAGGAUCAAUCAAUAUGAGACUAAAAACUGCACUGACAAGAACUUAUCCUGCAGCGAAAUUGAUUGUCCUGUCCAAAACAACAUGUUCUUUGACACAAUCCAAAGUCGACAGGUAUCCCUUUCAUGUUACCACCAACUGUGUUUACAAAUUUACAUGUAUCUGCCAAAGCAGUUACGUUGGCAGAACAGAAAGGAGAGCUUACGUCCGAUUCAAAGAACAUAUUCCGAAAAGUUUAAGA